AUGGCGGACAGUGAAAUUGCCAAGAAAGAGAAAAAGAAGAAAGCAAAGAAGAUUUCAGAUGAAGAAGUCGGGGAAAUCCAGGAAACUGGUGACUUUCUCAUCAAGCCUGAAUCCAAGGUCGCCAAGCUUGACACAUCACAAUGGCCUUUGCUUCUCAAGAACUUUGACAAGCUCAACAUAAGGACAGCCCAUUACACACCCCUGCCUCAUGGCUCGAAUCCACUGAAAAGGAGCAUUCAUGAUUACGUCAGGUCUGGCUUUAUUAACCUGGACAAACCUGCUAACCCCUCCUCUCAUGAAGUGGUAGCCUGGAUCAAGCGCAUCUUGCGUGUGGAGAAGACUGGUCACAGUGGUACCCUCGAUCCAAAGGUCACGGGUUGUCUGAUCGUGUGCAUCGAUAGAGCCACACGACUGGUUAAAUCCCAACAGAGCGCUGGCAAAGAGUAUGUGGGCAUAGUACGGCUGCACAAUGCAAUAGAGAGCGAGCAUCAGCUUGCGAGGGCCCUGGAGUGCCUCACGGGAGCCCUGUUCCAACGGCCUCCCUUAAUAGCUGCUGUGAAGCGACAGCUGCGAGUGAGGACCAUCUACGAGAGCAAGCUCAUAGAGUAUGACCCAGAGAAAAGACUUGGCAUCUUCUGGGUGAGCUGUGAGGCAGGCACGUACAUCAGGACGCUGUGUGUUCAUCUGGGUCUGCUGCUGGGUGUGGGUGGUCAGAUGCAGGAGCUCAGAAGGGUCCGCUCCGGGGUGCUGGGGGAGAAGGACUGCAUGGUGACCAUGCAUGACGUGUUGGAUGCCCAGUGGCAGUUUGACCACAACAAGGACGAGUGCUAUCUGAGGAGAGUCAUCUACCCCCUGGAGAAGCUGCUCGUUUCCCAUAAGAGGAUCGUCAUGAAAGAUAGCGCAGUGAACGCCAUCUGCUAUGGUGCAAAAAUCAUGUUGCCCGGUGUGUUGCGGUAUGAGGAUGGCAUUGAAGUGAACCAGGACAUUGUUGUCAUUACAACUAAAGGAGAGGCCAUUUGCACAGCUGUAGCCCUGAUGACAACGGCAGUCAUCUCCACCUGUGACCAUGGGGUGGUGGCCAAGAUCAAAAGGGUCAUCAUGGAAAGAGACACCUACCCCCGCAAAUGGGGUCUGGGGCCGAAGGCCAGCCAGAAGAAAAUGAUGAUCCAGAAGGGUCUGCUGGACAAACACGGCAAGCCGAACGGCAGCACCCCAGUGGACUGGAAGGAGAGCUACGUGGACUACGGCGUCAAACCCAAGCAGGAAGCAGCGGCCAUCGAUGGUAAUGCUAAGCAGGCUGUAGCGAAGAGGAAACGUGAUUCGAGUGGAAGCGAGGUUGAAGCCACGCCCACGCCCCUGAAGGCGGUAGAUGAGAUUAAAAAGGAGAAAAAGAAAAAGAAGAAGGAUAAGAAGAUGAAGCUGGCACAGGAAGCGGCCGAGGGGGAAGGGGAGGCGACGGGGGAAGGAGAGGCUGAGGUCACAGAGAGUGCCAAGAAGAAGAAGAAGAAAAAGAAGGUGAAAGAGGCUGAGGCUGGUUCGGACUGAACUCCAGAAGACCCAUCCAGUGGACUCUUGAACCCUCAGGCAAAGCGAGGGGGACUGUGUGGGGAGAGUGUACCUGAAGUGACCUCCCGUGAUGCGCCUAUGGAAUUCUGCUCCCACCACUCUCCCUCAAGCACCCAAUCACCUUUUGAGCUUCAGAAUGACUGUCAGGCAUGUAAUCCUUGACCUCUGGUUUUAGGAUGGAUUUGACACUUGAACUGAAUCCCUGUGCUCCUUGUUGGUGUUCAGUCUGGCUCUAUGGAGUCCGUUUCAGUAAUUUACAAUGGCAAUGUCUUUUGGAAACAUUUGGCAACAGUAAUUGAAUACUGGAAGCAGCUUAUCGACAAACAGACUGCAGCUUGGAGUUUGUAGUAACUCAUAUAACGCCCCUUGUGCCCUGCGUACAAGUCCAACAAACAAGACAAUGCACAUUUGUACUUGGGGUUUAUGAAGUGCGUUUUGUGUGUUCUCUAUCGACAUUCACAUGGCAUAAAUGAGGUGUCUGAUCUAUCCUUUAAGCUCCAUGGAUGGAAGAAGUUGGCUGUGGUUAUCCAAUAUCCCUUUUCCCUGAAACAUACUUUUAUUUACAUUGAAUUUUUUUUU